AUGGCCUGGCUCGGCUUGCCUUCCAAGGGCUCCACGGACGUGACUCUCACCUUCAUGGCUUUGUUCUGCGUCCGCGACCUACGGCGAGUGCAAGCCAAGCCAAAGAGGAACGAGGCAGAGCCAGGUCGUUCCUUGCCUGUCAUCGCAGAUUCAGUGCAAGGGAACUGGCCCGAGGACCAUGCCGAGGGCGAGGAUGAAGCUUUCGGCGCAUCCCCGGGUCCGGGUGAAGAGGACGACUCCAUCUCGCAGGCCCGAGGAGUCGACUUCGAAGCAGCGAUGCAUGACAAUCACGCCGCCAGCGAGCACAUCUUGCUGAACCCUGCAACUGGAUUUCAGGUGGUGGCCUUCCUGCUAGUGUGUUUCCAAGCCCCUGUGGCGGUCGAACUGGCAGGUUGCAGCGAGAAGACCUGCCCGGAGACUUUCUUCGUUUCUCCGGACGUUUGCAGACUACUGGCUGCGCAUGACAGCACUGCCUGGCGGGCCGGCUGGCGACCGCUCACGGUUCUGCUCCAAAGCCUUGGCGUGCAGAAGUUCCGAGAAGGUGUCAGCUUCAGCUGGGCCAACCUGUGGAUAUUUGUGAUCUUUCUCAUUUCCAACUUGCAGGCACUCGCCCUCGAGCGAUGGGAAGGAGAGUUCCAAGCAGAGAACCAGAACCAGAUCGAAAGAAUUGACCUACGAGAGCGCUGGUACCAGGAGCAUUUGCUGCAUUGGCGACGCCUGGAACUGCGGAGGAUCGACACAAAACACAAGGUUCUACUGGUCAAGCUGCGGUGUCUCACUGGCUUCAUCACUGAGCUGAGGGCCAUUUGGCAAAAUCGACGUGGCGAGCUGACAACCCAGGAGCGGUCACAGAGGGCAAGAGAGGAUCGCAUCCACAACUUGUGCCUCUCCUCUGGGCUUCCACCUGCUGCAGUUCAGCCAGUACUGGAGGCCUUCGUCCAAGCAGCAGCCAAAGCCGCAGGGCCUUGCGGCGAGCUCCUGAAGAUGGACAGUGCACCAGAAGAAUGUCGCCCGGGCCCAAAGGCAGGCAUGGCAGAGGAGGAGAUCUGCAGCAACAAUGCCAAGGUCGUAGAGGUGAGCCGGAUCGAAGCGGCGGAAGAGAUAAAUCAAUGCGUUUGCGAGCACCUCAAGGAUCUCCAGCUGCAGCGGCUACGUCGGAUCUCGGCUAAGGAAGUGUCGGAGCGGAAGACCUCACUGCUGGAGAGAUGUGCUCGGGCCGGAGAGGUCGUACAGGAUGCAGCAGCUGCACCACAGGCAUCACAGGUGCAAGAGGGCAGUGCCACGUUGCAGACUGGCAUCCCGGAGGAAGCAGCUGGAGAGGACGCCGAAGUGCCCACGGAGUCUGAAGCCUCUGCUCUCCGCAGGAGCAAAUACCGCCGGCAAAAUUCUUUGCUUGGUGAUGGCUUUCUCGCGACUGGUACGGCGAAGGAGAAGCAGGCUUUGUUUGCCGAUGUCAAGGUUCGAUGCUUGGAAAUGGCACGUGGAGCACUGGGAUUACUGGUGGAUGACUUCCUCUACACCUAUGACCCGGAAGAUACACUGCAAAGUCACCGGCGGCAUGACAGCCUGGCAGCACUCCUGUACAAGGCCUUUUGGUCUCAAACGCUCCUGCUUCUGAUGAUCUUCACUGUCGUACACUUCGCGAUGUACACAUGCGUGCUUUCAGCAGUGACAUCGUGCACUCUGGUGGUGUCUUUGAUGACCUUCCCGCAUCCACAUCCAAGGUUCUGGAAGGGGCUCAUCAUGUUCAACCUCACUAUCGUGCUGCUCAAGGUACUUUACCAGCUGCCGAUCUUUCCCACAUCUUUCGAUUACGUGCAGCUGAAGGCUGAUAUGCAAAGUGGGUUCUUGAAUGGAGUACCAGUGCCAUGGGAAUCAGUCCUGGGCCUGGAGAAGGUGGCACCCGCAGGCCCACUGCCGGGCCAGAACAACGAAGAGGUGUUGGUGACAGAUGCGGUUCGAGAGUUGGAAGAACGGGGACUGGUCGGCCAUUCCUUGCUGGGCCUGCUGUGGUCUGAUCUGCUCGUGUGCCUCUUUCUUGUCUGCCAUUGGCACACGCUUCGUCACAGCGGCCGCUUGGGCAAUCCUGCGCACAUUUGUCGAAGGCUAGCUCUGGACGACAUGCGAAGGAAGCAGCAGGAUCCACCGACUCAGAAGUGUGAGCACGGCAAGCGGCAUCUCACAGUGCCAUCGCCUUUUGGCCCGGCCUCGCGUGCACCACACAAGCGCUUGACAACGACUGCCGCAACUGCAGUGCAGGCUGUCUCGGACACGGCGGCGGCGAGCAGCUUUACGAAGGCGCUGCACCGCGAUGCGAGGGACUGUCUCGACUUUGCCGGGCUGCGAAAACCUGCCAUGGACCUUUUCGCCCCGCGCGCUGGGUUGAUGAUGUGUUGCUUCUGCAUUGUGCUGAUCAGCUGGAACAGCCUGAUGGACAAUAGGGAAUCCUUCGCAGAUUCCCUCUCCUCUAGCAGCUUCAGUGGCAAGCAGGUGAUGGCCGUGGCUCUUUUUAUCGGGCUCUUGGUGGAAGCGAGAGCAGAGUACACGUGGUACACGCAGCACCGAUCCAAAGGCCCUGACGGCUGGCAGUUCCAAGCGAAGGAGGAGAAGAAUGGGUGCCGCUCCGAGACAGGAGGAACCCCGGUGCAGCCAAGCGAGGAGCGUAAUUUGCAGCCCACGAUGAAUCUCAUCAUGUACUUCGCCCAGAGGAUAAUCCUUUUGACGGAGCUGGUGACGCUGCAUUCCUUCUUCAUCGUGCGGUGGUCCAGCAGCACCACCUACCAGCCGAGGAUGACAAACUCCAUCCAGAUGCUGUUCUACGUCUUCUUCAUGCUCUACUUGGCUCUCACUUCCUUGCAGCUCAGGUAUGAUGUUCAUGUCACAAGCGGUGGGUUGGGCCUGACUCACAGCAUGAACUUCUUCUACUCUGUGGCAUUCAAGGCGUAUCUGGCGGUUCCCUUCGUGGAGGAGAUGCGAGUGCUGACAGACUGGACUGUGACAAGGACUUCCAUGGACUUCUUCAUGUGGAUGAAGCUGGAGGAUGCGCAGCAGGGGCUUUACAGGACAAAGCGAGACUUUCACAUGCGUCGUUGGUAUCCUCCUGCAGCAGCACGGCCAACAUGGGAGAAGGUUCUUCAAGGCGGAUUGUUGCUCGUGGGGCUGGCUCUCCUCAUUGUCGGUCCGAUUGCGCUGUUUUCUUCCUUGAACCCAAGCCUGCAGUCCAACCGACUGACAUCUGGGACUUUGACUGCAACUCUGCUGGUUCAGUCAAGCGACCAGGGCAUCAGAAAGUUGCAUCUCUUUGAAGGAAGCCAAAGCUCCAUCACCGCGGACGUGUGGCAGCAUGGAGAUAUGUCUCGCAUGGAUACGUCCAAUGUGACGUGGGUGGAAGAAUCCGAGCGGAGCUUCGACUCUACCGACCCAUCCAGCCUGGCGGCGCGCAUCACGGAAAGCCUUAGUGAUCCGGAUGUCACUGCUUGGAUAGAAAUAGAGUAUGUCUUGCUCUUCAAUGGCGACACUAGUCAAAGCAAGAGGGCAGAACUUCCACCCAGAAGAGUCAAGCUUAGCAAGAAUGCGACGCUUCAGCUUGGCAGGCUCGUCAAUGAAAGCUUGGACUUGUCCGACAUACAAGAGGAUCCCAUCUUCAUUUCACAAGCAACAACCAAGACCUUGCGGGUGAGUUCGAAUUUGGAGGCGCAGUACACGGGCAAGGAGAUGGACUUCCUGCUCACGUUCCGAUCCAGCGAAUUCGGCGUGCACCGGCACUCGCAUGGCCGAGAUCGCGGCAGCCAACUUCGCGCAGCGCCUGUGCGCGGAGUUUGGUUGCUGUCAAAAGCUUCCCCAGAAUGCUGGGCGAAGCAGGCUGGAUCCUCGGACAGCGAAGGCAGAGGCCAGGCGAGAGUGGACUGCCGGAUCUCACAAUUCGUAGCCAGCGAGAAAAGUGCACCUGCACCCAUGGGCUACUCCGGUUCUUGGGGUGUGAUGGGCAUCUACCUGGGUGUGGUGUAUGCGGUUGGCCGAUUCCUUCGACUCGUGUUCCAGGAUUCAUCCAAGCGGGCUAUUUACGAGGAGCUUCCUGACGUUCAGCUCUUGCAGGACUUGUGCAACGGAAUUUACAUUGCCCGCAUCCAGCACCUGCUCAAGACAGAAUUCAAGCUGUACUACCAGCUGAUGAACCUCUUCCGCAGCCCGGAACUACUGCUUACGGUCACGGGAACUUUCGGAGCGCAGAAGAUCGACGGCGAGAUGGACUUUCUGGCUGAGCUGGACGAUGGCCAUCUCGGCUUCGACAGUGCAGGUACGAGGGUGCAAUCUGACCCACGGCUGAAAGCGCCAGAAACAUUUGGGUCUCUAGGCACGACGGCCAUCAGCCCCAUUCCAGGGUCCGAGCAGGGAUCACAAGAGACUGGCGAGAUGCCGCAAGCUUCAGAGAACACCAACGUCGAUGAUGAUUUGAGGCAGAUUCAAGAGCUUCAAGAGGAACUUGAUCACCACUUCGGAGAUGUGCCCAUGCCAAGCGUUGGCAGGUUCGCCGGAGUCGCUGAUUCCGAGAUGCCACUCGGUGAUGUCACCGUCGCCACAGAGCUUCGAGGAGGGGAGAACCCAAUCCCGACCUCCCCGACGAGCGAACUUCGGCGCAGACAUUUACAGGCGGCCGCGUCUAGCGGCAAUGCGGGAAUUAGCACCAGCAGCCGCUUGGAGAUGUGA